AUGUCUGCCAAGGAUACCCCCGCCACCGCAGCAGCGGCGGAGAAGCUGAACGGAGAGCCACAAACCGAAAACACAUGUCCGGUGGAGGAGGUGGCGCUGGUGGUGCCGGAAACUGACGACCCCACACUCCCAGUAAUGACAUUCCGUGCAUGGUUUCUUGGCCUGGCCUCAUGUACAAUCUUGAUUUUCCUGAACACUUUCUUCAUUUACAGAACACAGCCUUUGACCAUCUCCGCCAUUUUGAUGCAAAUAGCGGUGCUUCCCGUGGGCAAGUUCAUGGCGGCGACACUGCCCACAAAGCAGUACACGGUGUUUGGACGGUGGAGCUUCAGCCUCAACCCGGGGCCUUUCAAUGUUAAAGAGCAUGUGAUUAUCACUGUGAUGGCAAAUUGUGGGGUGUCUAUUGGCGGCGGUGAUGCUUACUCCAUCGGCGCUAUUACUGUCAUGAAAGCUUAUUACAAGCAAAGCUUGAAUUUCUUGUUGGCUCUCCUGAUUGUGUUGACUACCCAGAUAUUGGGAUAUGGAUGGGCAGGGAUGUUGAGAAAAUACUUGGUUGAUCCAGUACAGAUGUGGUGGCCUUCUAAUCUUGCUCAAGUUUCUUUAUUCAGGGCACUUCAUGAAAAGGAACACAAAGCAAAAGGUCAAGGUCUUACAAGGAUGCAGUUUUUCCUUGUUUUUAUGGCUGCAAGCUUUGCCUAUUACUUAUUUCCAGGAUAUCUGUUUCCGAUAUUGACAUUCUUCUCUUGGGUAUGUUGGGCGUGGCCUCAUAGUAUCACUGCCCAGCAAAUCGGUUCGGGAUACCAUGGACUUGGAGUGGGCGCCUUCACCCUCGAUUGGGCUGGGAUUGGGGCUUAUCAUGGUAGUCCAUUGGUUACACCCUUUUCAUCGAUUCUGAAUGUUGGGAUUGGCUUUAUCAUGUUUAUAUACAUAAUUGUCCCGCUAUGUUACUGGAAGUUCGACACUUUUGAUGCUCGGAAAUUUCCCAUAUUUUCUAAUCAGCUGUUCACUUCUAGUGGACAUAAAUACGAUACUACUAAGAUCUUGACCCCACAAUUUGAUCUUAAUAUUCCGGCUUAUGACAAUUAUAGCAAGCUCUACCUCAGCCCCCUGUUUGCCCUCUCGAUUGGGUCGGGAUUUGCAAGAUUUACAGCCACCCUCACACACGUGGCAUUGUUCAAUGGCAGUGAUAUUUGGAAGCAAAGUAGAUCUGCGAUGAAGAAUGCCAGCCUCGACAUUCAUUCAAAACUGAUGAAACGUUACAAGGGAGUUCCUCAGUAUUGGUUCCUUGUUUUAUUAGUAGGUAGCAUUGCGCUAUCCCUCAUGAUGUGUUUUAUAUGGAAAGAAGACGUGCAGCUACCCUGGUGGGGUCUCCUCUUUGCAUUUGCUUUGGCUUGGAUUGUUACCCUCCCGAUCGGAGUCAUUCAAGCAACUACCAACCAGCAACCUGGAUAUGACAUAAUUGCUCAGUUCAUUAUCGGGUAUAUCCUUCCCGGGAAACCCAUUGCAAACCUUCUUUUCAAGAUAUAUGGACGCAUCAGUACCAUUCACGCUCUUUCUUUCUUAGCUGACCUUAAACUCGGUCAUUACAUGAAAAUUCCACCACGAUGCAUGUUUGUAGCUCAGCUGGUAGGAACACUAGUUUCGGGUACAGUCAACCUCGCAGUAGCAUGGUGGAUGUUAGGAAGCAUUGAGAACAUCUGUGAUGUUGAGGCAUUACAUCCCGAGAGCCCAUGGACAUGUCCCAAAUUCCGUGUCACUUUUGAUGCUUCUGUCAUUUGGGGUCUAAUCGGACCUGAGCGGUUGUUCGGACCUGGGGGAAUGUACAGGAACCUGGUCUGGCUCUUCCUCAUCGGAGCAUGCUUGCCAGUACCCGUUUGGAUACUGAGCAAAAUCUUCCCAGAUCAGAAAUGGAUUCCCUUAAUCAACAUACCAGUUAUAUCUUAUGGCUUCGCUGGAAUGCCGCCGGCCACUCCCACCAAUAUUGCUAGUUGGAUCGUUACAGGAACUAUCUUCAAUUAUUUUGUGUUUAAAUACAAGAAAACGUGGUGGCAAAAGUACAACUACGUUCUUUCUGCUGCAUUAGAUGCUGGAACAGCAUUCAUGGGAGUUCUACUGUUUUUUGCUCUGCAAAAUGAGGGCAAAAAUUUGAAGUGGUGGGGAUCCCAGCCAGACCAUUGCCCUUUGGCAUCUUGCCCAACAGCUCCAGGGAUUGUGGUCGAAGGGUGCCCUGUUUUCAAGUAG